CAAGUUAACAUGGUUGGGUUGGUGAUACAGGCCCAAGGUAUAGGGAGUUGAAAGGGCAGGGAAGAGGGAAGAGGGAAGAGGGAAGAAGAAUAGAGGAGAGGAGAGGCUAUGCCGAAGAGAACAACUCACACAUACUCAAGCGAGGAUGCAGCUCCGGAGGGUCCUCACUCUGAUCUCUUUGUCUAUUAUUGCAAACACUGCGGAUCCCAUGUGCUCAUAACUGAUACCCAGUUACAGAAAAUGCCCAGAAGAAAAACCGACAGAUCUUACGUCCUGGACAAGACCAAACAUCUUGCCAGAUUCAACAUUCACGAAGCAGGCAAAGUUGUCUUAAAGCGACCCCAAGGCAAGGUCGAGAAACAAUUCCGCAUGAACUGCAUCGGCUGUGCCCUCUUUGUUUGCUAUCGCGCUGAACACGACUUCGAUUCUUCCUCUUUCAUAUAUGUCCUUGACGGUGCCCUCAGCACUGUUGCUGCUGAAACCAACCCUCAGGAUGCUCCCGUCCCUCCCUGUAUAUCCCACCUUGAAGGUGGACUUGUUCAGGUUGCUAUAGAAGUCGACGAUCGUGCACAACGUUCCGCAAUCACCCGAGUAAAUGCAGAUGAUGUUCGGGUCACCGUAGCUGCUCCCGCUGCUCGUGGAGAAGCUAACAAUGAACUUUUGGAAUUUAUGGGAAAAGUUUUGGGUUUAAGAUUGAGUCAAAUGACUCUUCAGAGAGGAUGGAAUAAUAAGUCAAAGCUUCUUGUGGUGGAGGAUCUGACUGCUAGACAAGUUUAUGAAAAACUUUUGGAGGCUGUGCAACCUUAAUGCUGUUGUUUUAGCGUUUAUUAUGCAUUGUGAUCUGGCUUCUGUGACGUGAAGAUUCUUGUGCAAAUGAAUACAUUAAAAAUGAGUUUAAGGUUUGAAUUUCGUUCAGAGGAUAUGGACAAGGUGCACCCCUGACCGUGAUAUUGGGGAUCUAUUAGACAAACUAUUUCUAUAAUCGUUCAUCAAUCAGCAACUGAGUUGUUGAACCAAAAUGAGAUGUAUGUUAAUGUGUAAAACUGUUAAAAAGCUACAUUGUUGAAAAACCUUGAUGUCUGUCACCAACUGACUACAUGUUAACAGCUGGUUCGAUAGUUGAUCAAAUGCUAAAUGGUGGUAGCAUUUGUUAAUUACGAGUUUUUAUAUCUCUUUGAAGAUA